AUGAAAUCCCUGAAAAAUAUACCAAAGUCCAGUCCAGCAAAUGGUUUGAUGGUAGUCGAUGAAGCUUGCACCUCAUUGGCCAUCAACACCACCGAUAUGAUAAAAUCAAUGCGUACCGCAACGACAACAACAGCGCCCAGUAACACAAUACCUGCAACCACAAUAGUAACAACAACAACAACAACAGCAACACCAACAGGUGUACUACCAACAUUACCGUUAACCACGGUAAUACCCAGCCCUGCAUUGUGUCAACAUUUGUUACAGCCCUCGCUGCAAAAUCCCCAACGGUGUUCGAGUGUUGGCAGUACAACAAGCAGUAUUUGUGAAACUGUGUCAUCCGAUUCGGGUUUGGCAAUGUCUCCGACAGAACCCCAACACCAUCAUAAUCAGGUGCAUCAUUAUCAGUUAUUGCAACAACAACACCAACAACAAACGCCAACUCCACAUCUUUUAACCACCGCCACCACCUCCCCUUUGUAUCAGCAGCAAUUGCUGCAACAUCAUCAUCACAUGGCCUCACUGUCUUCGCCCACAAUGGCAUCGCCGAAAACUAGUCGAAGCCUUCUACCCUCCAAUGCAACUGCCGUUAGCGGUGGUUUGACAACAUCACGUGUCACCAUACCAGCCCAACCACAACCUCAACCACCACAGUCAACACUUGGCCUAAUGCCUAGCAGUAAUAUUCCCCCAGCGCCGUCAUCAUCAUCCACAUCCUCCUCAUCGUCAGCAGCAUCAGUUGCCGCAGCGACAGCCUCACUUUUGGCAUUGGCGCCACCAGCCAUACAGCCGCUGGCAUUGCCAACAGCACCAAGCGCAUUAUCAGCAACGGCAGCACCGCCGGCAUCCCAACAACAGCAGCAGCCAACCCCGGCAUUACCACCACCACCUGCUGCUGCCGCCACAACAUUACCACCCCUGGUGGGUGGUCUAGGUGCCGCAGCUAUGGCGGCUAAUUUGGCUGAAUCCUUUUCGUUGUUACACCAGCAGGCGCAUCAUUUUCGUGAUAUUCUCUAUGCCGCACAAAUAUUGGGUCGAGGUAAGAACACUAACUUUUAUUAUGACGCUACUCUGGCAA